AAACAUGCGCUAGCCCAAACGAGAAUAUUCAGGACAAGCCCGUUAACCGCGUUUUUCCAAUGCUAUAAAUAGCAGCAACAACCAGCCCCAUCCCUUGCGACACAAAUUUAGGAUCCAGCGUUUGAUUCAAAAUGAGACACCACUGUCUCCUUCUCCUCUCCCUCGUCUUGGUCUCCUACGCUGCCCGGCGGUCGGAAUCUGCGCUGGGCGGCUGGAGCCCCAUCAAGGACGUGAACGACAGCCACGUGGCGGAGAUCGCGAACUACGCGGUGAGCGAGUACGACAAGCGUUCUGGGGCAAAGCUGACGCUGGUCAAGGUAUCAAAGGGCGAGACUCAGGUCGUGGUCGGCACCAACUACCGCCUGGUCCUCAAGGUUAAGAAUGGAUCCACCACGACCAGUUACCAAGCCACCGUGCUGGAGAAGCCUUGGCUCCAUUUCAGGAAUCUCACUUCCUUCAAACCCCUUCGUUCUUAGAUCCAUACUUUCUCUCUCUCUCUUUCUCUGUUAUCAACUACACAUUCUCAUGUGUGUCUUGUCCUGCUUUUCUCAAUAAAAUUGGGGUUAUGUGCUAAUCAAGCUAGUAUUGUAAUAGUUGUUGUAUGUUUGAUUAUGGAUUCGUCUAUUCUCGCUCUCGGGUUUUUCUGGA